UCUUCCACUUGGAUGACUGGGAAGGCCCUGGGGGGCUGGAGGGGCUGUUGGGGGGGAUGGCCCCUUUUGGCAGCACUGGCUUCUAAAUUGGCUUUGCUGUCUCCUGAUCCUGUGUGCUCACUCUGCUGUUGAGCCAAGGGUGGGUGCCUUGCAGAGAAGGAGGGGUUCUGGCCAGCUCCCUGCAUCUCCUGCCUCUGGAAAUGCCCAGUUGAACCAGUCCAGCUCACAGAAACAGCACAGGAUAAAGUAAUUCUCUAAAGCUCUGAGUGAGCAAGACCAGCUUGGCUGGGGUAUUGCCAUCAGCUUGGCAGCAGGAGGGAGCUGGGGCAGGGGAGCUGAGUGUGCUGGGGAAGGAGAAGGAGAACAUCCCUUUGGCAGUGGCUGAGAGGUGAAACCACACCUUUGGCCUCACCUGUCUCUCUGAUCAUGUCUUUGAUUUAUACCCUGAGUUCUGCUGUUUAGUUUUCCCUGCAGACUCCAACCAUUGAAUCUGAUAAUGAACCAAGUGGUUGAGUCUUAUUUGUUUAAUUCAAAGAGAAGUUUAAUGCUUCCUGCCUCGCAGUGUAUGGAGGCUCUGCCUUGCAGCCCGUGGUUUUCUUUGCAGUGAACUUGUAAAGUGCCAGGACAAGGAGUAAAAGGCUCGAGCUGUGAGCAGCUCGUCAUUGAAACAGUCUUUGCAAAGAGGCUGAGCACCACAAAUGUACAUUUUUGGAGGGGUUUGAGGGUGUUUUGUCUCUGCAAAAGUGUUUGAGGGUUGUGUUGACUGUGAAGUAUUCCCUGCCAGCUCACCUUCUGUGUGCUGGUGAGCCCUGGGCAUCGUGGGCUGCCAGCUCCAGCCAGAGGGGAGCUGUGGGGAGCUUCUCAGCCCCCCUUAAUCUUAGGUGAAGAACAGACAGGUCCUUAAUGUCUCUGUAAUAUCUGUGGCAUCUGCUGAAGCACCGAAGUACAGACAUGCUGGAGAUGUCCAACCUCCUGUUACUGCUGUUAUAUUCUGUGUGGGCACCUUGUGUCUGAAUGUAGCUGGAGAUGCUCCUGCAGGGGGAUGGCACCAGGUGGUUGUUUCCGACUCCCCAGUGAAUAAAAGAAACCAUUUAUCUGGGUAAAAGACCUCACUCUAAAUAAUCUUGCAAGAAAUUAAUCUUUUUUCCAUGCCCGUUUGGAAGGUAAGGACCCAGGUGACUGCUCGUCUCCUGGGGAACAAACAACAAGGGAAGGGGACAGUUCAUGUGGCCCCUUUAUGAAACAAGCAAUGAUUGUUUGGAGUUGAAAUCCCCUGCUUGCUUCCAGAUCAAUCCACUUGAAGUUACUGUAGACAGGUGGUAUGUUUUCAGUUUUUAAUUUCUUUUUUCUUUUUUUUUCCUUGCUUGUUGUUAGUUGAGAGCUGAUAGACCGGCCCAAAUAAGGCCAUGAGAAAGGCUGGCCAUUUCCAGGAGGAUCCACAGACAGUCAGUGCAUGACUUGUUGCCUUUAUCUCUGAGAUCAGGAGAUUCCUUUGCAGUGAUGGAUUAAUCCACCCUUGAGUGAAUAAUAUAACUGAGAACAAGUAGGAGCCAGCGCUCCAAACAGAUGAUUUGUUCAGUACGUGUGUGCCUCCCCUCCCCCUCUGAAAAGCAUCUUUCUUCACCGUUUCAUUCAGCCUGUUGAAACCUCACAGCAACCUGUGUCUGCAGAGGGCCAGGAUGGGGCUGUGCCAAAGGCCUCUGCUCCCAGGUGCAGGAGAAGAUAAUCCAGGAUGGAGAGAAGGUGCCUGUGGGCUGCUGGGGCUGUGAUGUCACCUGUCUGCUCUGGCCAUGACAUCACCUGUCUGCACGUUCUCCUGGCUCUAGCUGUUUCCGUGCCUCGUCUUAGUCUGGAGCUUUGGGCUUUCAAUUUGGAUAAUCUGGCGCUAUGCAUCCAGCCCCCAGGCUCUUCCAGGCACUGCUCCUCAUCGCUGCCACCAGCCUUGUCACUGUCACCAGCAAAGAUUUAACUCCCCAUUUUAUUUCUGAGCCCUCAUCUACUGUCCAGAAGUCUGGUGAGCCCGUCCAGCUCCGCUGCUCUGCUGAGCCCUCCUCAGCUCGCAUUUCUUGGCUGUUUAAUGGGGAGCCUCUGGACAGCAGGGUGGGAGAAGUGGAAAUCCAGUCAGGAUCUUUGACAAUCGUGUCCCUGAGCCCGGAGAUGUGUGGGCACUAUCAGUGCAUGGCGAGCAGCAGCGUGGGGGCCGUGCUGAGCCGGCCAGCCACCGUGUCCAUGGGCAGUUUAGCUGACUUCGAUGCUUUGGGGAGAGCUGCUGUUGCAGCAGAAGAAGGAGGCACAGCUCUCAUCAGGUGCAAGGUGCCAGAAAGUCACCCCAAAGCACAGGUUCGCUUCCAAGUGCGGGGGAAAUGGCUGGAACAAUCAACAGACAACUACCUAAUUCUUCCAUCUGGAAACCUGCAAAUUUUGAAUGUAUCUUUAAAAGACAAAGGUUCCUACAAGUGUGCAGUGUACAACCCAGUUACUCAUGACCUCAGAGUAGAACUCACUGGACAGAAGCUCACAGUCACACGCCCUUCUUCAGGUGGCUCCCACAUCCUUCACCCGCUGGCUCCCCAGAGCCUGGCAGUGCCCCAGCACAGCGCCCUGACCCUGGAGUGUGUGGUCAGUGGGUCAGCUCCAGCCCCCGUCCUCUGGGUGAAGGAUGGCCAGGAUGCUCUGAGGAGAGGCAGGUGGAAGCUGCUGCACUCUCACCUGGUGACAGACCGGCUCGAGCCAUCGGAUGCUGGAAAUUACUCCUGCGUGGUGGGAAGUGACUCUGGAACAGUGAAAUAUGUUAACUAUUCACUUACUGUACUUGAACCUGCCUCACUCUCCAGGGGACUGCAGGAUGAAACCGUGGCCGCCGGAGCCAGCGUCCAUUUCUGGUGUGACAUUGGUGGCAGCCCCGCUCCCAGCCUCACCUGGCUCCACAAUGCUGCUCCUCUCCAGCCCUCCCCACGACAUUUCCUCACAGGAAAGCACCUGCACAUCUGUGGGGUCACCCUGCAGGACUCUGGCUUGUACCAGUGUGUGGCAAACAAUGGGAUUGGGUUUGUGCAGUCCACGGGGAGACUCCGUGUCCAGCCAGACAAAGACUCUGUCCCCAUCAUCGUCUCUUCCCCAGCCAACACCACCGUGGUGGCUGGCGAGGACGUGACCCUGUCCUGCAACGCCACCGGCGUGCCCGCUCCUCUGAUCCGCUGGUACGACAGCAGAGGCCUCGUGGUCAGCCCCACUCCGGAGCUUCACCCCAAACCCCAGAGCCCUCCCCGGGCAGGGGCAGAGCCCUGGUGCCCCUCGGUGCCCCGGCUGGGCUGGGGCUCCCUGCUCCUGCAGAACGUGACCCCCGAGCGUGCCGGCGAGUUCCGCUGCGAAGCCAGCAACGAGCACGGCUCUGCCCUGUCCUCAGCCUUCCUCACUGUGGUUCCUUCAGCAACUGGCACGAGAGCAGGAGAAACAGCUCCUCUGGAGCUCGCCCAGAGCGACCAGAGCGGCGCUGAUGUUGCUGCAGAAAUGGCAUUUCCAAGCUCGCCUCCAACGAAAUCUCCCCUGGACGCGGCUGCCAUGGACAAAGCGCCGAGCGCGGCCGCCCCGCCCGAGGCCCCCAUCAUCCUGAGCCCCCCACAGACCCCCAAACCGGACACCUACAGCCUGGUGUGGCGGCCGGGCCGCGCCGGGGGCCUGCCCAUCAACGCCUACUUUGUCAAAUACCGCAAGCUGGAGGACGGGCUGAGCGCUGCGGGCGGCUGGCACACGGUGCGAGUGCCGGGCAGUGAGAACGAGCUGCGCCUCACCGAGCUGGAGCCCUCCAGCCUCUAUGAAGUGCUGAUGGUGGCCAGGAGCGCUGCUGGCGAGGGCCAGCCGGCCAUGCUGACGUUCCGCACCAGCAAGGAAAGAACAUCAUCCUCAAAAAACACACAGGCUCCAUCUCCACCCGUAGGAAUCCCCAAACAUCCCGUUGUUCCUGAAGGCACAAAUAAUUUCGGUGUCAUCCUUCCGGACCUGUCUCGCCACAGUGGAGUUCCAGAAGCUCCUGACCGACCCACGAUAUCCACGGCAUCGGAAUCGUCCGUCUACGUCACGUGGAUCCCCCGUGCCAACGGGGGCUCCCCCAUCACUGCCUUCAAAGUGGAGUACAAACGUCUGGGUCGCAGCAGCGACUGGCUCGUGGCAGCUGGCAACAUCUCUCCCUCCAAGCUGUCCGUGGAAGUUCGGAACUUGGAGCCAGGAGAGAUGUACAGGUUCCGAGUGAUCGCGGUGAACACCUACGGGGAGAGCCCGCGCAGCGCGGCGUCGCGCCCGUACCAGGUGGCCGGGUUCAGCGGGCGCUUCUCCAGCCGGCCCAUCGCCGGCCCGCACAUCGCCUACACCGAGGCCAUCAGCGACACCCAGAUCAUGCUGAAGUGGACGUACAUCACAUCGAGCAACAACAACACACCCAUCCAAGGAUUUUACAUCUAUUACCGGCCCACGGACAGCGACAACGACAGCGACUACAAGCGCGAUAUCGUGGACGGUACAAAGCAGUGGCACCUGAUAAAUCACCUGCAGCCUGAAACUUCGUAUGACAUUAAGAUGCAGUGCUAUAACGAGGGAGGGGAGAGUGAGUACAGCAACGUGAUGAUCUGCGAGACCAAAGUGAAACGAACGCCGGGAGCUUCGGAAUAUCCAGUGAGAGACCUGAGCACGCCCCCCAACCCCCCCGAGAGGGCGGGGGGCGGCGGGGCUGUGCCUGCCAGCGGCCCCGUGCGCAGCAGUGACAUGCUCUACCUGAUCGUGGGCUGUGUCCUGGGCGUCAUGGUGCUCAUCCUCAUCGUCUUCAUCGCCAUGUGCCUCUGGAAGAACCGGCAGCAGAACGCCAUGCAGAAAUACGACCCUCCUGGCUACCUGUACCAAGGGGCAGAUAUCAGUGGGCAGAUGAUCGAGUACACGACCUUACCCGGCACGAGCCGAGUCAACGGCAGCAUCCACGGAAACUUCCUCAGCAAUGGCCUCGGCAACGGCUGCCCCCAUGUCCACCACAAAGUUGGCAAUGGUGUCAAUGGGAUCAUGAGUGGAGGAGGAGCAGGACUGUACCCAGGGCACACCAACUCCCUGUCCAGGACACACGUGGACUAUGAACAUCCCCAUCACCUCGUGAACGGUGGUGGGCUGUACACGGCAGUGCCUCAGGCUGACCCCUCGGAGUGCAUCAGCUGCAGGAAUUGUCGGAACAAUAACAGGUGUUUCACCAAAACCAACGGCACUUUUGGCAGCAGCACGCUGCCCGUGGUGCCCCUGGGAGCUCCUUUCCAGCAGGACGGUGUGGAGAUGAAGCCCCUGAGCCCCCACGUGAUGGUGGCCAUGUGCCUGGCCACGGCCAGCCCCGAGUGCAGCGCCCGGCUGGAGGAGGACGGCGGGGAGAGCGCGGAGCAGCCCCCGGCACAGCAUCCCUGCUGUCGGGAGGGCAUGGGCCAGCUCUCCGUGGAUUGCAUGGACGGCGGCAGCUGCGUGCACUCAGAAACAUCGAACCACAUUUUGAGUUGGAGUCCCCUCAUUCUUCAGCCUGUUUCCAAGGACUGUAAGGAAAAACCAGGAUGGAGUUCAUCCGGAGUCACCCUAAAUGGUUCUGGGGACCUUUGUCAGCUCCAGCUGCGGGAAACCUGAGGCAGUGACCGUUGUCCCCACUUAACGCCAGGAACUGCACCGCAGCAUCGCUGAAAGGGAGUCACGGGGGGAUGUUAAUUAUAACAGAGAGAGUCACUAUUUAUUUUUUGUAGUAGUGUCAUAUGAAUGUAUCUUGGUUUCAAAAUGGUUGCCUUUUUAUAUUAUUUAUGCCUUGAAAUCCCUUUUUUGUUGGUUUUUUUUUUUUUUCCUUCCCCCACACACCACAAAACUAGCCUGGUUAUGUGUAUAAAAAAGAAUUGUAAUAAUAUAAAGAAUGAGGAUGGGAAAUGUGGAGUGUGUUUCCGUGGCAAUUUACCAGCGCUUCUGAGGAGCCUGAGAGAGGGAUUUAAGCAGGUCUGAAAUGACCAACAGCUGCACCUCCCUGGCAGCUCAGUGACGUGGUACUUGAACUCUCCUUUCCAUGAACAUCUCCUGGCCUCUUUUGGUUGCUCUGGGAAGAUCCCAAUGAGGAAAUAAGAAGGUUAAUGAGAAAAAUGAGCUUCGGUUGAGUCUGUCCUUGAAGCAGAACUUGAGUCAGUGACUGUGUCUUUAGGUGCUCAAUAACACUUCUGCAGAAGUACAGGUGGAAAUCCAGCCUGUCUCAUUUUCCCACUCACAGAAGACAAAAUCCAGUUCAACUCUUAGUUUGAGGGAUUACUGACAGCUUGGAUAGCUCUGAAAUGAAAGCAUUCAUGGUGAAGCAGCUCCCACCAGCCCUGGGCAUGGCUGUGAAGAGCCCACCCAUCCUGGACACAGCACGAUGGAGGUGCUGCAACCGUAACUGCAGGGCUUGGGGUUGUGCAUCCUCCCAGCUAGAGCUGCCUUAUUCCAAAGUUCUCUACACACCAUGGACUAUCACACUCGUGGGCUUUGGCUGCCAUGUACUCCAGAGCCACCACAGAUCUCCCUCCUCCCUUUUUGUUUAUCUCAUCCUCACAGCCUGGAUUUUUCUUUUGCAGGACCUGCUGCAAGGCUUCCCCUUUUUCCAACAGAGAUUGGCAGGCGAGUGGUUGGAUUUAACUAUGGCUGCUUCAUUUUCCCUAAACACUGAAAUUUAACCAUGGUUUUAAACAACCUUGCUUAAAGGGUGUGUCAGAUAAAGAUGCUCUGUUUUCCAGAGAAGUUGUAAUAUGCCUUUGGAACGUUAUGUGUUUGGAAGUGAUGGUUUUGCAGGGGUUUUGAGUAGGGUUUGUAUUUCUGGAGGUGGUUUGAUAAAGGGAUCAAUGCUGCUUUAUGGCUGGUGUGGAGAUUGAUACUCUGUGGGUACUGAUCAAGGUUGGUUCGUGUGGCUUGAUCCUUCCCAAUGGGUUAUUAUUAACCAAAUACAGGAGAAAA